CUUCGAAGAAAAAUCACCAUUAGCUUUACGAGUUGUCCCAUUUCCUGGUUUUACUUUAAAUAACAUUAAAAUGGCCAAAAAAAAGUAUAACUUAUUUAGAAACAUUUUAAAUCAUUUUUCUUCUAUACUUCUACCACCACCGCGCCAAAUCAAACAGGAUGAAACGAAUAAGUUGAGUCCUUUUACUAGGAUGAUACAGUAUGAGAAUAAUGAUUAUAUUUAUGACAAUCCAGCAAUUGAAGCGGUUAUCAAUUUUCGUUGGCGGAAAACAAAAUAUUCCUUGUAUUUUCUCUUCCUUCGUUUUCUCAUUUUUGCCAUUUGUUUUGUGUUAGUUAGUUGGGCAUAUUUGAAUCGUGGUUUUAUUGUAAAUGGAAAUUUUUUAUUAGUUUUGAUUAUUGUAUUCUAUUAUUUGGCAAUUUAUCUAUUUAUUAUUGAAGUGAAACAGAUUCGUUAUCGUGGACCUAAAAAAUAUAUUCUUGACUUAUUUAACAAUUUUGAUAUGAUUUCUAUUAUACUUCCUGUAAUGGUAAUGUCGAUGAUGCUUGAUGAUUUUCAGCUUUCUGAUGGUUAUGGAAGUGUUAAGGAAACUAGUUUAGUUGUGGAGAUAUCAUUCUCAAUUUUUUUGCUUUGGAUUGAAUUGAUUCUCUAUCUUCGGCUAAUACCAGUCAUUGGAAUUUACGUAUAUCAUGUCAUAAUUGUCUUCAAAACCAUAUUUCCAUUCUUUUUGUUUAUUUUAAUUGUGAUAUUCGCAUUUGCACAUACAAUGUUUGUGUUGCUCAGAAAUCCUACGAAUAUUAUGAUCAAAGAUACUACUACAUAUAGUGGAAAUGCUACAAAUACUUUAACAAAUGAGACACUUCAUAUUGAUCUUACAACUAAUUUUGAUCCUACGUCUAAUGAUAAUCCGUUCACAUCCUUUUCUAAAGCAAUGAUGGCUACAUAUUUUUGGAUUAAUGGUAAUUGGGUUCAAAGAGAUGAGUUUGAUUAUUGGGCUGUUGAUGUACUUACUUUGAUUGCUAGCAUACUUCUUGUAAUCGUUUUACAAAAUAUGGUGAUUGCUUAUAUGAGUAAUGUAUAUGAAGAUACCAUAGCUAAAAGUAGACAAAUUUUAUUAAGGCACAAAGCAAAUUUCAUAUCAGAUUAUGAAGCAUUACAUAUUUAUUUUUCGAAACCUGGACUUGAACCAAAACAUAUUUAUUUCUUUAGUAAAGCUGACUAUUUUGAAGAGUGGUAUAAUACAAGAAGUGAUAAUGAUAAGGGACCUAUCUAUAAAAAUUUUGAAAUCAACUCUACACUUGCGUUAAGUAGUAUUUAUAAAGAAACAAAUUGUGACAAAUAUUCACUUUUAACAUAUGAUGAUAAUAAUAUUAAAAUGAUAGUUGAAGAUUAUAUUAAAUUAGUGGGUGAGAAUACUGAUGAUUUGAUUAAAAGAGUUAUAGAUAUUGAAGAAUUUGAAGAUAUGAAAAUUGAUUUGGAUCAUAUAUUAGAAAAAUUGAAGAAAAAAAUUUAUAAACUUUGAUUUGUAGAUAGAUUAAUUAGUAAUAGUUUAUGCCGAAUUCGUAAUUAUUUAAGUCCUUAGUCAAAUUUUACAUUUUUU